AUGAACAUUCCUGGUGGAAAUCCAUGGGGUCCACGACAAAGUGGAAACCCUUUCCUUGUAGGUACUCGACCGGUGAUCGCCGAUCUUGCCAUGGCGGCUUUGAAAGAACGUGAUCAAAAGAGGCGUCGAAGGAUAUGUUCUCAAUUCAAUCCAAAUAGAUCCUUCUUCCUUCUUUCCAAGCGAAACCCUAUUCGACGUUAUUGCUUCAUGAUCGUUGAUGCUAAACCGUUUGAAUUCUUCAUUCUGGCAACAAUUUUGGCCAAUUGCAUUGCCCUGGCAAUUAAUCAUCCCUAUCCAAUGGGAGAUUCCAACGAAACAAACAUUGCUCUGGAGAAAACCGAACUCGUCUUUCUCAUUAUCUUUACGAUUGAAGCUGUGCUCAAAAUUAUCGCCUAUGGAUUUGUUCUCCAUCCUGACGCCUACUUACGAAAUUUCUGGAAUGUUCUGGAUUUCUCAAUCGUUGUUAUAGGUUUGGGGUCCAAAUGCCUGGAGAACACGAAAUUAGACGUGAAGUCUCUUCGAGCUUUCCGUGUGUUGCGACCGCUCCGUUUGGUAUCCGGCCUUCCCAGCCUACAAGUUGUCCUCAACUCCAUUGUGACCGCCAUGGUUCCGCUGUUCCACAUCUUCCUUCUUGUCAUUUUCCUCAUUAUUGUGUACGCCAUCAUCGGUUUGGAAUUAUUCCAAAGUAAACUCCAUGCCACUUGCUACCGCGUCGUCGUCAACACGACUUACACCAUAAUGGACGAUCCCCGACCCUGUUCGAAUAGCACAGGGAACAUGGCUUUCAACUGUGCCAGUGUUGGACCUGACUACGUGUGUCGUGAUUUGCCCCCGGAGUUAGGCGAGAGGUAUCCUGGUCCCGAGGAUGGCUUGAUCAAUUUUGACAACUUCCUUUAUGCCAUGUUGACGGUCUUUACUUGUGUCACUAUGGAGGGGUGGACCAAUGUGGCCUAUUAUGCGAAUUUAGCUGAUAUUGGCCGAGUUGCUUUUUUUCAUUUUGACGUUUCCACAUUCCAGAUAACGGCAGCCGAGGGCUCGGGUUGGCCAUGGGCCUACUUCGUUAGUCUCAUUCUUCUCGGCUCCUUCUUCGUUAUGAACCUCGUUCUUGGUGUUCUAAGUGGAGAGUUCACCAAGGAGAAGGACAAAACGGAUCGGAAAGAGAUGUUCCGUAAGGAGAGGCAACAGAAGAGAGAGCAACAGGACUAUGAGAAUUACAAGGAGUGGAUAGAAAUCGCUGAGGAUCUCUCGGAGUCAGAGGCUGAACCAAAAACCAACAAAGAAAUAGAAGCCGGUCUGAUGGAUGGUGAGAUUGUGGAAGACCAAGUGGCUGAGCAUGAACCGACUGGCCGAUCUAAAUGUUGGGAGGGGAUACGACGACUAAAUAAAUUCCGCAAACGACUGAGGCGUGUGAUAGCAGCCUUCGUAAAAAGUCGCCAAUUCUUCGCUCUCAUUCUCACUUUUGUUCUUCUCAACACCAUUGUCCUAGCAACCGAACAUCACAAUCAACCCCAAUGGCUCAACCAAUUUCAGAAUUUUGCCAAUGGUCUUUUUGUGAGUCUCUUUACGUUGGAAAUGAUUCUGAAAAUGUCAGCUUACGGAAUUCAGGACUACUUUGCCACUCUCUUCAAUCGAUAUGACUUUCUUGUGGUUGUGUGUCAUGGAUCCGAUAGGAUUGUCUGUGUUGCGAUGUGCUCGUCUUCUUCGAAUCUUCAAGAUUACUCAGUAAGUUCAACAGUUAAAUCUAAUGUGCCACCAUCUAUCGUGGGUCUACUUGUGAAUGGCGGUGGAAGAAGGGUAGUUCAAAGAGUUGAUGAAGUUGACUGGUUGAUAAAGAACAUCCUGUUGAACGUCUUCUUGGCUAUCGCUGUCGACAACUUGAGCGACGAAGAUGAUGAUGACGAAGAGAACGAAAUGGACGACGAUGAUGACGACCGUCUGAAGGCUAAAAGGCUCGCCGAGGCUGCUGCCUAUGCUAAGGGUCCACUAGACACUUACAUGGAAAUGAAUUACGAGGAGAUUUUGCCGGAUGAGGAGGAACAGGACGAAGCAACUUUGGCCGCCAAGUUGGAGCAAUCGACAAUUAACACUUCCAAUCCACAAACAAUCCCACCUCACUCGGCUUUCUACAUCUUUGAUCCAACUAAUAAAUUCCGAGUCUUCUGCCACAAUAUCGUCUCCUCGCCAAUCUUCACAAAUCUCAUUCUCGGCUGCAUUCUGAUCAGUUCAACGCUGUUGUGCGCUGAGGAUCCACUGCAUACGUACUCCUUGACUAACAGGAUUCUUAAUUACUUCGAUUACUUCUUCACAAGCGUUUUCACUAUUGAAAUCACCCUCAAGAUGAUUGCAGAUGGCUUCAUCGUCCACGAGGGAGCAUUUCUGCGAAGUAUGUUCAACCUCUUGGAUUUGGUUGUCGUCUGUAUCGCUUUGAUCUCAUUCAUGUUGGAGAACGGAGCAAUUUCAGCGGUCAAGAUUCUUCGAGUGCUGCGUGUGCUUCGGCCACUUCGUGCUAUUAACAGAGCCAAGGGAUUGAAGAACGUUGUGCAAUGCGUUGUGACCGCCUUGAAGAGCAUCGGAAACAUUCUUCUUGUCACGAUUCUCAUUGAAUUUGUCUUUGCUGUCAUUGGUGUCCAAUUAUUCAAGGGCAAAUACGUCCAAUGCAAUGACCCCUCGAAGCUUACUGAGGAGUCGUGUGUAGGAUCUUUCAUUGAGUAUCAAAAUGGGCGUCCAGCAAAUGUCGUGCAACGAGUGUGGAUUCAAAAUGAGCUGAAUUUUGACAACGUCGCAAAUGCUAUGCUAACACUCUUCGUUGUUCUAACUUUCGAGGGCUGGCCACCAAUUCUCUACUAUGGUAUUGAUUCCAACGAAGAAGACCGGGGUCGCCUUCAUGAUCACCGCAAGCACAUCGCGUUGUACUUCAUUUUAUACCUCAUCGUUGCAUCCUUCUUCAUGGUGAACAUCUUCGUCGGUUUCAUUAUCGUCACGUUCCAGCGUGAAGGCGAACGGGAGUACAAGAACUGCGAACUUAACAAGAAUCAGAGGAAGUGUAUUGAAUAUGCGCUUAAAGCUCGUCCACGACGGCGAUACAUUCCAAAAGGCCAUCUGCAGUAUAAGAUCUGGUCAAUGGUAGUAUCAAAGAAGAUGGAAAUGACAAUUUUCUUCUUUAUUUUCAUGAAUACGGUGACAUUGGCUUGCAAGCAUGAUGGUAUGAGUGCAACCUUCAGUAGCGUGUUAGACGCCUUCAAUUACUUCUUUACAGCUGUAUUCACCGUUGAAUUCAUUUUAAAAUUAUCGGCUUUCGGCUUCAGACACUACUUUGGAGAUCUCUGGAAUGUUAUCGAUUUUCUCAUCGUCCUCGGAAGCUACAUUGAUAUCAUCGUUAGUAAAGUAAGUAACAUGCGGAUUCUCUAUUCUGUUAAGAGUUUUAAUAUUUUUCUUUGA